AUGUCGACCGCAAAGCCUUACGACCCAAUUAAGAGCAUCGAGGGCAUGUACCAUGGCACCGUGACGCGCAUCGCAUACGCCCUGAAGGACCCUGGCAAUUUUGGACAGAGUACCAAGGGCAUUAUUCAGGAAUGCUCGAAACAGUUCCAGGAUGCCCUGGAUGACUGCGAGAUCCAAAUACUCGACGCGAAGUGGUACCUAGAGCACCAGUUGCGGUUGCGCAAGCAGAAGCGCGCCGAAGAAGCCAAGGCGCGAGAAGAGCAAGCCGCGAGUGCGAAGAGGAAGCACGACCAGGUCGAGGCAGACGGCCAGAAAGAUCAAGGCACCAAGCGUCAGAAGGUCGAACAGCUGCCAAAACCAGAGCCUGAGCCGGAGAAGAAGCCCACUCCUGUACUCGAGCAGCCCUCCGAGACUGAGCCCACGCCUGCACCCGCACAGCAGCCUGCUGACGCCGGCAAGCCCGCCGAGCCCACACCGACCGAGAAACCGAAAGAGUUGCAGCAGUCACCGGCACAAGAAAAGGCAGACACGGCACCAGACAAACCCCCAGACACAGUCGACGACCUGUUUGGGUCGGGUCGCCCCACGCCCACCGCCGAACCUGGCACUGCGGCCGGCACGCUUGAUGGCGUUGACGACUUCAACCAGUUCGAGUCAAUGUUCGGCGAAGCCACUGGUGACGACACCAACAUCAAUCCCGAUGGUGAUCUGGGCUUUGAUCUCCAAAUGGGUGACGAUGACUUCGCCGCCAAUAUCGACACCAACCCCGACGCACAAACACAGCCUGCUGGAGACUCUGGGCUGGAUUCCCUACUUCCCGGUCUCGAGUCGUAUGCCAACCAGAACCAGAACAACACUGGUGGCGACAGCGCCCAGAACGCCGCCACAGCGGGAGACGUCGACUUCAACCUCCCCGAACUCGGUGGGCCCAACGAGUUCGACGCCUUCCUCGAUGCCAACAAUUUCGACAGCCUCGACAUGGGCAACGAUGCGAAUCUCGAUGGAGACAUCAACAACAUGGACGCGCCGUUGGACUUUGACAGCAUGUUCUCUUAG